UUACAACUAAGCUUAGGGCACUUUAAAAGACUCUAAGGGAAUUUUAAGGUGUGUGUGAUGUACAUAGCCUCCAACUGGAGAGUCAGAUGACUUCUGAAAUCUGAAACAGGAAGCACAAAAGUCAGACACUGAUAUUUCUUUGCAUAAUCUGAACCAUUAUGAAAGGUAAAAUGGUAUUGAAAGUAGGGAAUGCCAUGAAAAAUCACAAGUACAACUGUACAGUCUAUAGUAGUAAACCACUUUAUUUGACUUUAUUUGACUUAAUUUUAACAUUCAAAUCAUGGAGGCUAUAUUUCAGUGAAUAUACUAUCUUGCAUGUUCUUGGUGAUUUGGCUUUGAAUAUGUUGCACCACUGCUGGUGGGUUCUCAACAGACAUUUUACGAUUUUUCAUCACCACCUUUAAGAAGUUCAACUUUCAUGGGACCAGGACCUUCUGAAACCUGUUAAAAAAGAAUCCCUGAUGUUGGGCGGCUAGUGAGUUUCUCAUUUCUAGCUCACUCAGCAAGAUGCAAAAGAUUAGAUCUCAUUUUGGAAAUUUGGAAAAUGUGUUUGUUCCCACGUCUUCCACUUGAGCGGCACUCAGGUUCUAUCUCCUGGACUUUUUAAAAAUAGCAAACCAAAUACACAUUCAUGCAGCUGUCGUGAUGUACCAUUUGUCUACAUGCAUAGACAUAGCUUAUUUUUGACAUUGUAGGGACAUUUGGCUGGUCCUCAUGAGGAAACAAGAACUGCAGCUUUUAUUAUAAAGCUAGAAGAGUCAAAAGGUUUCUUUUUGGUUACUGAAGUUAGGGUUAAUGUUUUUGUUACUGGUUGUGGCUAUAAAACUCAUUGUUGUUGUCUUUAUGCUAAGGCUGAACUGCCACCACUUACACUGGCACUAUUUUAUUUAUAAAUCAGUAUGUGGCCUAUUACCUACUUAUUUGUCAUCCAUCAUGUCUGUAAAAAGGCGAACAUUACAUAUCUUCGAUCAAAGGACAUUAUUCAGCUUCUUGUUCCCUGUGUUAGGUCUGAGCUAUGGAAACAAAGGUGGAACAACUUACAGGAACACUUUACACUUACUGUGCUCCCUUCAUUGCUUGAAUUUAUGGCACUUGUAAAUAACUUUGAGUAUAGCCAUAUUGGAAGUUGUUUCUGCGAUAUUUGAUUGUAUAUUAUGUUUUUGUUUUUUUUUUCUGUUCGAUUUAUUUAUUUACUUAUUUUCACUUAUUUUAGCCAGGAGUUUUUCUUAAAGUGUUAUCUGUUGUCGUGUCUUUAAUUGUUGUGUUUUUUGGGGUUUUUUUUGCUGCCUUCUUAGCCAGGUCAUUCUUGAAAAAAAAAAAAAAAAGAUUUUAUCUCAAUGAGUUUUUAAUCCUGGUUAAAUAAAGGUUACAAACAAACAAUUAUAAAUAUAUAGAAUACAUUAGUCAAGACAAUUUUAUAAUCUUGUUAAAAAAAAUUUUAAAAAAAAUAGCCAAAAGCAUACAGUGUGUAAUUUUUCCUACCUGAAGAUUUUUAUGGUCAACUUCCUGUUUGAUGCUGACCCCACCCACUUAUAUGAUGUCACACAAAUUAAGUCGUGUUAUUGCUAUGACAUUUUCAGUUCCACAAGUUUUGACUUUGGCUUAAAAGGCCAGAGAAUAAAUGCUAAGUUAAACGGUGUCAGUUUGUCUGGUCCCAGUGUAUCUGAAUUCCUCCUGUCUGCAUUAAUAAUUAUGUCAGUGGAAGGUCCUCAUAAGGCUAGGUCCUCAUAAGGCUAGGUCCCCGUAAGGAUAAUAUUACUAACAUGUGUUUGUGUGCGUGUGUUUGGGUGACAGAAUGAUAAAUGAGUGUAGUUACACGGUAUGUAUACCUAAUAAAGUGGCGCAUGAAUGUAUUUUUAAAGAUUAAAAAAGUAUUUUUGUAAGAUUUCUAACGGUUUUGUUGGUUUCACAGUAAGCUAGCCCGGCUGACAGAGUGGAUCCCGGCGCUAACCGGUUUGUUUAUCCGGCGGUCUGAUCAGUGGGCGGUUAUUUCUCUUUGGCCCCGCCCACUCGAGCCUAAUAUAGUCCUGAAAACGGAGUUAAAGCCUCGAGCGCCACUCGGACUUUUAAAGCGUGUUACAUAACGCGCUUUCCAAGUCCUCUCGGAGUGACUACACACACACACACACACACCAGCCGCGUAACUACAACUCUACCCGACAUCUCUGUAAACUUUCAUCCCACUCCAGAGGCUCGCACUUCCGGCAUUUUAACCUCCCGCAGGUGCCGCGCGCUAUGAGCAGUGACGUGUGUUGUUUUGCCGAAGCCCGGCGCGUGGCGAUUUUCGGCGGCACGCACGGGAACGAGAUGUCCGGCAUCAUGCUCGUGUCCAUGUGGACCAAAAACGACAGCGAGAUCCGGAGGAGCAGAGUGCACACCAAGCCCUUCAUGUGCAACCCGAGAGCCGUGGAGAAGUGCGCCAGGUACAUCGAUACGGAUUUGAAUCGAGCCUUCACAGCGGAAAACCUGAGCACGCCAGGUGGAGACGAGCUGCCAUAUGAAGUUCGGAGAGCCAAGGAAAUCAAUCAGAUAUUUGGACCUAAAGGAAGUCCAGAUGCCUACGAUGUCAUCUUUGACCUCCAUAACACCACAUCCAACAUGGGCUCCACGUUCAUCCUGGAGAGCUCGACUGACCACUUCAACCUUCAGAUGGUGCAUUACAUCAAAAAAUCCAUGGCUCCGGAGAGCUGCAUGGUGCUGCUGAACGAACACCCUCAACUCAAAUAUGCAACCACCCGCUCAGUGGCCAAGCAUGCUGUCGGUCUUGAAGUGGGUCCCCAGCCUCAAGGAGUAUUGCGAAGCAAUAUCUUCGAGUCCAUGCGGAUGAUAGUGAAGCACGCUCUAGACUUCAUUGAGAUGUUUAAUAGUGGCGUGGAGUUUCCAGCGUGCCGUGUGGAAGUGUUCAGGGUGCAUGAGAGAGUGGAUUACCCAAGAGACACAAACGGCAACAUCGGUGCUAUGGUACAUCCUCACUUACAGGAUUGUGAUUGGGAGCCCCUGAACCCUGGUGACCCAAUGUUCCAAACAUUUGAUGGGAGGACCAUUGUGUACGAGGGAGCCGGUCCAGUUUACCCGACGUUUAUUAACGAAGCUGCCUACUACGAGAAGCACCAGGCCUUUGUCACCACUUUCAGGGAAACACUCGCUGUUAAUUCCAUUCGAAAAAAUACCAAAUAACCAUCAUGAUAACCAGCACCAUAAAAAAAGCUGAUCUCUAACUGACAGAGAACUACAACUACUCUCAUAUUUUUUUUUACAGUUUUUACAGAAAUGUUUCACUUAUAAUCAUUCAAAUAAUUCAAACUAAGUCAGGUUAAUGAUCUAUUUACAAUUUCAGAGAAAAUCGUUGAAUAUUUUUAUAUUAGUUUUAAGGUUUGUAAUACCUAACCUUUUUUUUAAAAACAAUAUUUUAUGGUGCAGUUUAUAUUUAUAAAAUUCUAAAUCGUCACAUUUUAAAUCACAUGCAUUUGUAUUUAUACUUAUAUUCCUAGUCAAUUUUUAUACUUUACCAAACAGAACAUGUGGAAUAUAUAAAGCUAUAAAAAUUGACUUGCUGUGUCUUAGCUUGGUAAAAAAAAAAGUGGAUUUAGAUAGUUCCUAGAUUCUAGUACAUAUUUCAACAUGAAAUUUCAACACUUUCAUUGACUUCCUCUAAAGACUCAGAAGUGUGAAUCGCCUACAUAAGGAAUAAAACACAAUAAGACAAGCUGUUAUAGGAAAAUUGUCAGUUAUUACAAUUUAAUUUAUUAUGAACAGCUUGUCUCAUUUAACUGUUUAUAGUUAUCUUGUGCAAUAUCCACGAGAAAAGUUAGUUAUGUUACGACAGCUAUCAGCGAUCUUGUUUUUUUCUCUCUUGAAGUUAAUAAGACAAAAAAAACCUAUCUUAUCGUGCUACAGAGAAACCGUCUUGAAGAUGUUUGUCAAAGCGAUUUUUCUUAGCUUGCUAACUAGCUAGCAGAAUGAAGUAACAAAGUCAAGUAUUUUAUUGCUCCUGUUUAAGUUUAUUAACAGCUUUAUUGGACAUUUUAGCUUUUUUUGCGAAGGAAACUGUAAAUUCUACCAAAGUCUACAGUCAGGUCACUUGAUCAUUUGACCACAAGUCGAUUUUUGUUUGCCGUCAGCCAUUGUUAAGCAUCUGUGGUGGAUUGUUGUUCAUGGUUUUGUGGUGUUUUUACCUGGAGAAAGAAUUCUCCGUUUGGCUGUUUAGGGUGAUUCCAUGAUUACGUUGCCAUUUAGUCUUGUAAAUCUUAAAAACUGAAUUUUUUUAAGAAACAUUUUUCAACACUGAAUCUAAGAAAAUAUCAAAAUCUAAUCAAAAAUGUGUCAACAACUUUUUUUUAUGAAGUUUCUUUGCUAUAUUUUGCUUCCAAAUGAGUUGAAAUGAAUAGGGUUAGCAUAAAAUGAGCAUCAGUAUCAUAAGGUCUUUGGAAGUGAAGAAAAAAGUAUGACAGAACUUAAUUUUCUUCUUCCCAUGAUCUUCAGGAAAUUUAAAUGAUCAACUUCCUGUUGAACAUGUGACUUGUGGAGUAGACCAAAUAUUUCAUAGGGGUGAAUGUGUUCAGGUACCAGGGUGGAGUGAAUGUUGUAGGAGUAAAAUGCAAAAUUUUCAUAAACUAUCAUGGAAAACUAUGUUUCAAGCGUGAGAUGUUAAAUGGAUUCACGCAUUACUGCAAAAAUAAUAUGAUUUCUAAAGUAUUUUAAUGUUAUCGAGAUUAUAUUUCAAGGUAAAGUGUAGUAAUAGUGGGUUUGGGUUUGUUGUUUGUUGUGAAGGACACUUUAGCGAUGUUACUUUAUGUUACUUUAGCUAUAAAAUGUCUUUUACCUAACGUACAUAUUUAAUUCUAUGUAAUAUCACUAGCACACGAAUGGCACCCCAAUCAUGGAGUCACCCUUCAGCUUAGCGAAGCAGUGCAGGAGAAGUGAAACAGAAAUUAGCAAAGCAAGACACUGUCUAGACGGUGUCUAAAGUUACUUUUACAUGUCUGCUUAUUCUUUUCACUUCUAUUCCUCUGAUAUAGAGAGCAUUAUUUAUAUUUUUGCCCUUUAAACAGAUUUACAAAUUUGUAUCUAGUCUAGAUCGUUUGGUUAUGUAUGCUACUAUGCUAUGUAGUGUCUCAGAAUAGUAUGCUAUGUAGUACUGUUUAGUACUGUAGUAUGGGAUUUCAGACAAUAAGACAACUGAGACAUUUUAUUUUCUGUAAUACUUAAGAUGUGUGUCGGCUGUUAGAUGUCGGCUUUGCCACACGUUCAAACACUGGUGCUAAUUUUGUACCCUAACAAACUUCACUUGGCCUAGUAAAGUUACCCAAGGACAAGUCAUCGAAGGCAUGUAGGAGUGCAGACUUAAGAAGAAUCCAUCCUGAACCAAUUAUAUAUUCAUUCUGUAUUGAUGUUUUACUUUACUUUGGUCUAUUAACAGAGAGCGACAUUACCCACAAUGCUGUUUGACUAACAAGUGGCACCAGUUGGAUUUAGCCCUCACCUUUUCUCUCUACCCAAAGAGAGUGAUGCGGCGGUGCUUUAGUAAUUUAGUCUGUCCAGCUCGUUUAUCACCUCAUUCUCCAGAUCAGCUUCCAAAUCUUCAGCUUUCAUAUUAACACACUGCUAAUUUUCUCUUAUAAAACGACAACGCGCCAGCAAUGUUCACACAAAAAUACACCACCAAACCUACAAAUUAGGCUCAGAAUUACAAAUUAUUACAAAUAUUUCAACAUAAAUAUAUGGAAUAUGUUUCGGGGUGGACUUUUCCUUUGUUUCAUUGUACUGCCAAGUUAGAACCUCGGAAGGAACUUUGAAGGAACGUAUGUUUCACGCACAAUAAACGAACUUACGUUCCCUGUGAUAAACGGACAGCCUUAAAAUUUGAUCUCCACACUCUAACCUGUUCAGACUUUACAAGUGAUAGAGAGACGAAUUGAGAAUGAAUGGAAGAAAUGAUUUCUCUGAAUAAUUGGAAGUGUUCUGAUAAUUUCGAAAUUUCUGGAAGGUUCAGACGUGUUUCGAUCUGUGCGUUAUCAGCUGUACAGACUGGUAUGAUCAGUCACUUGUGGCAUUUGUGACUUUGUGUCUUCUUUUGUGUAAUUUUAGUGAUUGCGUAAACCAGGCUUGGUUCAAGUGGUGCUGUUAAAAUGGGAACAGAUUGAAAAAUGCUCACACGGUCGUAUCUGAUGUACACAUUUAAUACAGAAAUAUGGGUUUUGACUUAUGACAGAAAAUUGCACACUAUUUCCACUGUGAUAAUAUAACUUUUAGCAAUGAAUGACAUUUUUAUUUAACAGCAAAAUGCUCACUGACCUAUGCAAAGAAUAUUAUGUUCUCAGUAAUGUAGCACAUAAAUAUAGUGCUCAGUGCUCACGGACAAUCUGUUUAACGUUGAAGAUGUUAAACGUCAGAUAUGUGUGAAGUAUUAAUUUCAAAUUAGAUCAUAUACUGUGUAUUUUAGUAUUAAAAAUGAGAUUUUAUUAGAUUACUUAUGAGUAAAUUGUUUUUAAUGAACUGUAUGUAUCAGCUGCUGUCUGUUGUUUCCCCUUUUUGUUUUGGAUUGCACAUAUUUAACAAGAAAAAAAAUGAGAAUAAAUAUUUCAUAUUUUGA